AUGGCUCACACCGUGGUAGGAGCAGUUUUUGAUAUUACAAUAAUGAUUGCCUCCAUCUUUGCUUUUGCCACCUGUGGAGGGUUUAAGGGCAAAACAGAAAUUCUGGUGCAGUGUACUAAAGCUACUGAAAAUAAAACGGUUACAGCUGCUUUUGCAUACCCAUUCAGGUUGAAUCAUGCAUCAUUUCAGGUGCCUCCCAAAGUAAAUGUGUGUGAUAUCAAAUGGAACGAGUAUGUCCUGAUAGGAGACUACUCUUCCUCUGCACAAUUCUAUGUCACAUUUGCAGUCUUCGUCUUCCUGUAUUGCAUUGCUGCUCUUCUGCUCUAUGUUGGUUAUACAAACCUAUAUCGAGAUAGUCGAAAACUCCCCAUGAUUGACUUUGUCAUUACUCUUGUUGCCGCAUUUUUAUGGUUGGUGAGCUCUUCUGCCUGGGCUAAAGCUCUUACAGAUAUUAAAGUAGCUACUGGUCACAACAUUAUUCAGGAGCUUGAGCCUUGCGAGAAACAGCAUUCAGGAGUGACUUGUUAUUUCGACUCUGUGACCAGUAUGGGAUCCCUAAAUGUAUCUGUGAUCAUUGGAUUUCUGAAUGUGAUACUUUGGGCAGGAAAUGCGUGGUUUGUGUACAAGGAGACCAGCUGGCACAGUCCAUCGAGUAUUGCUGCUCCACAUGGCCAAGGGGGCAUUCCACCUCCUGCCGGAAUGUGAGGAGAGGAGGAAAUACAUUGCAUAAAACAUGUCUGUAUUAUGACCUGUUGACAGCAUCUUGAGAAGCAAUUUUUUGUUUCUGUAAUAAAAUAAAUGUAUUUUUCAAUAAAUUGCUGGGUUUUAAAUUUUGCUGCCUUUUUACUUAAACCGUGUGCCUUUCCUAGAGUUUGAGAUGCAAAUGUAGUCUCAUGUAAAUUUGCAACUUCAGGGCCUUAUGAGUUGUUACACAAUUUUAUGUGAAUAAUACAUUUCUUCACUAAGUUUUUUGCUUUCUGAAGUGUUUACACCUUAAACCUUAAUGUUUAUCUUUACUCAGAAAACAAUUAUAUUGACAUGUAAUAGGAAAAAAACCCUUAUUUGGAAUAUACACUACUCUAACUUUGUACAGAUCAUAUAUCUAAGACCUCUCUCUUUGUUUAAGGAAGUCUUGAUUAUGGAAAUCAGAUUUAGAAAAACUUCACUAAAAAUUUGUAUCUGACAAUUGUUCAUGUUAGGGAAUUUUUUUAAUUGCAAAGACUGGGUAUAUGCUUUAUUUCUGUUUUUCUGAAUGACUGCCAUACUUAAUAGGUGUUCCAAAAAGAGAUUUGGAAAUUUCUGAUAGAGUUAAGUUUUAGCAGUUCUGUUGUGUCAGGUAUAAGCUUUCAUUACGCUGUUUGCUCAAUAGGUGUGCUAUGUGAGUAGAUGAACAUGAGUCACCUUGGCAUUCUCAUAGUGAGAUUUGCUGUCCUUUGUUCUGUGCUACUUAAGCAUGGAUUGAGACCUUGUCCCCUUCCAAGUAAGAUGAAAUCAGACCCUGUUUUUGGCAGACCCCAUUCAGUGUUCAAAGAAAAUUAAGAUUACUUUGGAUGCAUUUAAUGGUUAGUCAAUGAAGUUGCUAUUUUCAGUUUAACAUUGAUAUUGUGAUCUAGAUUUCAUAUUUCUUGUUCAUUUUUAUUUCACAAUUUCACAAAUGGAUGAUUAAGUAAUUAUGCAUUGUAAACAAAGGAACCUAGGUGAGCUAUAUUAUGGGUGCAGUUUUUAUAUGCACAUUUGGGUAUAGUUUGAGUACAGGGCUUACUCACAGUUUGCUUUCUAAUCUUUUUGUUGUACAGGAAUCCAGAUCUCCUUGCAAAUUGAUUGUUUAUAUGUGAAGCAUAUCUUGCUAUUGGCUUCUUUGUGUUGCUUUUGUUUAUGACAAUAAUUGUCGAUAUGAGAAUGUGUAUCUUUUAUGCAACCAUCUUAAUAAAAAAGUUGAAUGAAA